AGUUAAUAGUUAAAUUGAAUUGGGAAUGUAAUAUGUGUGUUAAGAUUUGUUUUGGCUAUCCUGCAGUUAUGGUAGCUUUUUUGUUCUGAAUUUGUUUAUGUUUGGGAUGGCUAUCCUGCAGUUAUGGUAGCCUUUUUUGUUUUGAAUUUGUUUAUGUUUGGGAUGGCUAUCCUGCAGUUAUGGUAGCCUUUUUUGUUUUGAAUUUGCUGGUAUCAAGGGGUGGUAGUUAGGAUAGCUUGAAGUAUUUUGUUGUUAAUAAUUAGGUUGUGUUGGCUAUCCUGCAGUUAUGGUAGCCUUUGUAGUUUGGAGGGGUUUGUAGGAUGCGAAGAUAUUUUGAAGUAUUUUGUUGUUAAUAAUUAGGUUGUGUUGGCUAUCCUGCAGUUAUGGAUAAGGGUUGGAUGAAACUUAGAAAUAAGUUAUCCCUUGAGUAUAGACAUGGAGUGACCCAAUUUUUAGAAUUUGCCAAAUUUCACGUUGAUGCUUACGGACGAUUGAGGUGUCCAUGCAAGAGAUGUUUGAAUUUAAAUUGGAGCUCAUUAGAGGGUGUGGAAAGACAUCUGCUGACUAUAGGAAUAUCCCCCUACUACACAAAAUGGGUGUAUCAUGGAGAGUCAUUAAGCUAUAGAGGUACAGAAAACUUUGAGGAAGGAACUAGUAGUAAUCCUUUUAAUGAAGGAACUAGUAGUACACAAUUUAAUGAAGAAGGUGAUAUCUUUGGUAUGCUAAAUGAUUUACAAGCCCCUAUUGAACAUGAAGAGGAAAUAGAGGAAUUUCGUUUGGAAGAUGAAAUGGCGAUGAAUGUUGGGGUAAAUAUAGAUGAAGAUACAACAAAUAAUAUAUUUCAGGACUUAUUGAAUCAAGCACGUAAUGAGUUGUACCCCGGUUGUUCUGAAUUUUCGUCGUUGAAUUUUUUGGUUAAGUUGAUGCAUGUGAAAGUUCUAAAUGGUUGGAGUAACAAGUCGUUCGACAUGUUGUUAGAACUUUUAAGAGCAGCGUUUCCAAUGUGUAAUAGUACUAUUCCUAGUUCAUUUUAUGAAGCAAAACGAAAAUUUCGUGACUUGGGCUUGGGAUACGAGACUAUUCACGCGUGCAAGUAUGAUUGUGUAUUGUAUUGGAAAGAGUUUGCUGAUUUGCAACAUUGUCCUACAUGUGGCGAGGCUAGGUACAAGGUUAAUCAUAAUAGAGGGAAAAAAAUUCCGCAUAAGGUAUUGCGCCACUUUCCUUUGGUACCUAGAUUACAGCGCUUGUUUGUAUCGCAGGAAGGGUCUGCUGACAUGAGAUGGCAUAGGGACAAACGUGUUGAAACAGAUGAUGUCUUGAGACAUCCAGCUGAUGCAGAGGGGUGGAAGCACUUUGAUUCUGAAUUUCCUGAUUUUGCUUCUGAUCCACGAAACGUGCGUUUGGGCUUGGCUUCAGAUGGGUUUAACCCAUUUGGUCAAAUGAGUACCUCGUACAGUAUGUGGCCUGUUGUGUUACUUCCUUAUAAUUUGCCACCAUGGAAAUGCAUGAAAGAGACAAAUUUCUUUAUGUCAUUGCUCAUACCCGAUCCUAAAUCUCCUGGUAGGGAAAUUGAUGUGUAUCUCCAACCAUUGAUUGAGGAAUUGAAAGACUUAUGGACUUUUGGGGUGCGUACGUAUAACUCUCUUACAGGUCAGUUCUUUCAGCUAUACGCAGCUUUGUUGUGGACGAUUAAUGACUUCCCGGCGUAUGGUGACCUAUCAGGGUGGAGUACGAAGGGGUAUCAGGCAUGUCCUAUAUGCAUGAGUGAUAGAUCGUCCUUCGGGAUACGAGGUAAAAUAUCUUUCAUGGGACAUAGACGCUAUCUUCCACAGAAUCACGUGUGGCGUAGAAGUAGGCUACACGAUGGAAAGGUAGAGCGUAAGGCUCCUCCUAUGGUGAUGAAUGGGCAUGAAAUAUUAGAACAACUAGAUCAGUUGGAAUUUCCAGUUAUGAGUAAACAUCCUUCAAUACAGGAUAAGAAAAGAAAGAGAGCUCUUAAUUGGACGAAGAAAAGUAUUUUUUUCAAUCUUCCUUAUUGGUCGAGACUUUUGUUACGUCACAAACUUGAUGUAAUGCACAUUGAGAAGAAUGUUUGUGACAAUUUGAUUGGUACGUUAUUGAACAUCGAAGGGAAAACGAAGGAUACCACGAAUGCUAGGUUGGACUUACAAGAUCUGAAGAUAAGAAAGGAUUUACAUCUUGUAGAAGUGGGUAACCGAUUGGUGAAGCCACAUGCGAGCUACACGUUGACUACCAGUGAACGAGUAGAGUUUUGUAAGUUUCUGAAAUCAGUUAAGUUUCCCGAUGGAUUUGUUUCCAAUAUAUCGAGAUGUGUGCAUGAAAGAGAGGGAAAAAUAUCAGGACUAAAAACGCAUGAUUGUCAUGUUUUAUUACAUUGACUGCUACCAAUUGGUAUUCGAGCAUUCUUACCGAAGAACGUAUACACUGCUAUAACCGAAUUAUGUAAUUUUUUCCGUGACUUGUGCGCCCGAACGAUAAGAGUAAGUGAUCUAGACAGAUUGCAAGCAGAUAUCAUAAUCAUACUUUGUAAGUUGGAAAGAAUAUUUUCACCUGCCUUUUUUAGCGUUAUGGUGCACCUUGCUGUUCACUUACCAUAUGAAACGAAGAUUACUGGUCCGGUUUCUUAUAGUUGGAUGUAUCCGAUUGAAAGGAGUCUACGAACGUUAAAGUAGUAUGUUAGAAACAAAGCACGUCCUGAGGGGUCAAUUGCAGAAGGCUAUGUCAUGAAUGAAUCUAGUACCUUUUGUUCACGUUACCUACGUGGUAUAGAGACUCGAUUCACAAGAGAUGAGCGAAAUGAUGAUACCAUUGUAGAGAACGAGGUAAUUGGUGACUUUGAAAUUUUCAAGCAGAAAGUACGACCCUUAGGUGCAUCAAGUGUUCGUGCUAUAUCAGAGGAAGAGAAACGACUCUUCCAUUGGUACAUACUGAAUAAUGCUGACGAAAUAUCAGAGUAUCGCAAGAAACAUUUGAGGCUUCAACGUCGACAUGCUCAAAAUUCUAUGGAUUUGUAUAAAAUACAUGAACGAGCAUUCCCUGAAUGGUUUCGAGCACAGGUGUUAGAACUGCGUCAGUCUGCAAACCUAUCUGAUGAUUUCUUCUCACUAGCGAUGGGACCAUCCUUUGACGUUCGUUGUUACAAUGGAUGCAUCGUAGGUGGUGUAAGCUUUCACACUAUUGAACUUCAUUCUCGACGUACUACUCAAAAUAGUGGAAUAAUGGUCAUUGGUGAAAGCGAUGCAAGUGGAACUGGAGACAAUAAUUUCUACUGUGUUCUGGACGAAGUGUUGCACGUACAAUAUCCGUUGGGAAGAAAUGUAUGGCUAUUUAAGUGUCGGUGGUAUGACACGGACGUAAACAAAAGUCAAAGAACGACACACAUUGAAGUAGGGUACAAAUCUCUCAACACAUCCCGUUUUUGGUACGCGGAGGAACCUGUAAUUCUUGCAACUCAAGCACAUCAAGUUUUUUAUGUAGAUGAUCCAAAAAAUGGUAUCAAUUGGAAAGUUGUGCAAGUCAUCCAAAAUAAGCGUAUUUGGGACGUGCCAGAAGUGGAGGAUGUUCAGAAUGACCAUAUUAAUAUACUAGAAGUUGUUGUAAGCCACCAAGUGGAUGACCACAUCGAGGAUGACACUCUAUGCAAAAAUGGCGUUGAUCCCACAAUCGUUGAAAGACCGGUUGUGCGUCAUGUCACUGACGACUUCAUCGACGAUGUGGAUGAACACUUGUCACAUGCAAGCGAUGAGGAAUUAUAGUGACAAAUUAAACCACUCUUUAUGUCAUAUCGACGAUCAAAUUUUAUGGAGACGGACGAUAUGUUCCUCCAGUUUGAGGAGGAUUUAGAUAACAUUGCGGGAAGGUCGUCAUCUGUGGGCGACAAUACGGGGUCUUCUUCUCAACAAACGACUCCGACUCCUAGGA